GGCCGCUGCCGACCGCUACCAUUCCGGUGUGAGCCGACCCUAAGUUUAUCCGCUUUCAAUCGUCUUCUGGAAUUUUCGUGAUAGAUAAGUGACAAUGAGCCGUCCAGCAAUCUUGCAGCACGUCAGGCGAGCGCAUUCAGCUACUUGGAAAAAGAACCCACACCUCGACAAGAUAAUUCGCGUAGACCAUGCCGGCGAGUUGGGCGCGGACCGAAUCUACGCGGGACAGAUGGCUGUGCUCGGGAACACGGCUGAAGGACCCACCAUCAAACACAUGUGGGAGCAGGAGGUUAAGCAUCGCGAGCGCUUCGAGCAGUUGAUCAACGAGUACAGAGUGCGGCCAACAAUCCUCACGCCGAUAUGGAACGUGGCUGGCUUCGUCCUCGGCGCAGGCACAGCCCUAAUGGGUAAAGAAGCCGCCAUGGCCUGCACAGUAGCCGUCGAGACCGUCAUAGUGGAACACUACAACGACCAGCUCCGGACCCUCAUGGAGGACCCCAACGUGGACCCUGAGAUCCUCGCCACCAUCACCAAGUUCCGUGAUGAGGAACAGGAGCAUCACGACACGGGGAUCGACCAUGGGGCGGAACAAGCACCGUUUUAUAAGGCCCUUACUGAGGUUAUUAAAGCUGGGUGUAAGGGGGCUAUUGCUAUUUCGAAAAGAAUUUAAGUUAUGAAAAUAAGUUGUUUAUAAUAAAAUAUUACAAGAGAAAAAUCUAACUAUUUAUCUAGAAGGUUUGGAUCCUACCGACUGCGCCAUUCAGGAUAUUUCAAAAAAGCACUUAAUGUCAAAAGUAUCACAGUUCAAGUAGCUCCAGUACCUCAUGGUUGACCCCAAUGUAGACCGUGAGAUCCUCGCCAUCAUCAAGUUCCGUGAUGAGGAGCAGCAUCACGACACAGGGAUCGACCAUGGGGCGGAACAAGCACCGUUUUAUAAGGCCUUUACUGAGGUUAUUAAAACUGGCUGUAAGGGGGCUAUUGCUAUUUCGAAAAGAAUUUAAGCUAUGAAAAUGAGUUGUGUAAAAAAAAGUAAUUGAUACACACACAUUUUUGACGUUUGACGACUGGUCUGGCUCAGUCGGUUGUGGCCCUGCCUGCUGAGCCGCGGUCCCAGGUUCGAAUCCCGGUAAGGGCAUUUAUUUAUG